AUGGCCUCUGUCAUCCUCCAAACAAUCCCCACUCGCUUCCUCACGCCAUCUCUCCACGCGCCAUCCAAUCCCAAACUCCCUCCCCGCUCCCUCCCUCGUCUCCGCCAAUUCCGUCCUUUGCCGCCAUUAAUAAAACGUCACCGGACUGCAACAACAAUCACUUCUGCUUACGUGACCGGACCAGCAUCCGACCCGAUAGUGACCGAACCGGACCACAAACUCGACCCGACCGAUGAGGAGUCCUCUUCAACCGACGAAGUUCAGGCACCGGCGUUGAUAAGUUUGGAUCUUUUAUGGAGUCUGUUGGCUAAGCAUAAAGGACGACUCGUCGUUUCUGUUUUAACUCUAGUCGGUUGCACCUCUUGUACUCUCUCCAUGCCUAUAUUUUCAGGGCGAUUUUUUGAAGUGUUGAUUGGUGCGAGACCGGAGCCGCUAUGGAGAUUGCUUAGCAAGAUUGGAGUGUUAUAUGCGUUGGAACCAAUUUUUACUGUGAUCUUUAUUGUAAAUAUGAAUACAGUAUGGGAGAAGGUUAUGGCAACACUGAGAGCUCAGAUUUUUAGAAGGGUUUUGAUUCAGAAGGUGGAGUUUUUUGAUAGAUACAAGGUUGGCGAACUUAGUUCUUUGUUAACGUCUGAUUUGGGUUCAGUUAAAGAUAUUGUAAGCGAGAACAUUUCAAGGGAUCGUGGAUUUAGGGCACUUUCUGAGGCAAGCCAUUCUAUACUAAAACAAAAUGAUUUGCUGGCAUUUAUAUUUGAUGACACUUAUCUUCACUUAUCUUCUAUAUACAAGCGAUCAACUGUACCUGUUUUCAAAGCUCAUGGAAAGGCCCAGGCAUCCAUAUCUGAUUGUGUGACAGAAACCUUUUCUGCUAUCCGCACUGUGAGAUCCUUUGGUGGUGAAAAACGCCAAAUGCUAAGCUUUGGCAGCCAGGUUCUUGCUUAUCAAAGAAGUGGUAUAAAGCUCGGGACUUUCAAAUCCGUGAAUGAAUCAUUAACAAGAGUUGCUGUAUAUAUUUCAUUGCUGACUUUAUACUGUCUUGGAGGAAGCAAAGUGAAGGCUGGUUUACUCUCUGUUGGAACUGUUGCUUCUUUCAUCGGAUACACUUUCACAUUAACUUUUGCUGUUCAAGGGUUGGUCAAUACAUUUGGAGAUCUUCGUGUAGCACUUGCUGCCAUUGAGAGGAUUAAUUCUGUUUUAUCUGGAGUAGAAAUUGAUGAAGCCCUUGCCUAUGGUUUAGAAAGACAAAUCCAGCAAAAAGAUGCACAUGAUGAGAAAAUUAGUUUGUUCUUAGUCAAUGGUUACAGUGGACAGAAUCAAAAUUUUAAUACACAUUACAUGUCAGCCCUGAAAUCAGUGAGCAACGUGUGUAGCUUUGCUGGGUCUGGUGAUGUUUGUCUUGAAGAUGUGCACUUCUCUUACCCUUUACGACCUGACGUGGAAAUCUUGAAUGGUCUUAAUUUGACUCUAAAAUGUGGAACUGUGACCGCUCUAGUGGGCCCAAGUGGUUCCGGGAAAAGUACCAUAGUACAACUAUUGGCACGCUUUUAUGAGCCAACCAAAGGUCGGAUAACAGUUUCAGGAGAGGAUGUCCGGAGCUUUGAAAAGACUGAAUGGGCUCUGGUUGUCUCCAUAGUGAAUCAAGAACCUGUUCUUUUCUCGGUAUCUGUUGGAGAGAAUAUUGCAUAUGGGCUUCCAGAUGAUGAUGUAUCGAAGGACGAUAUCAUAAAGGCUGCCAAAGCUGCAAAUGCUCAUGAAUUUAUAAUUUCACUUCCACAGGGUUAUGGCACACAAGUGGGUGAGCGUGGAGGCUUACUGAGUGGAGGACAGAGGCAGAGAAUUGCUAUUGCAAGAGCUCUGCUCAAGAAUGCACCAAUCUUGAUACUUGACGAGGCCACUAGCGCAUUGGAUGCGGUUAGUGAACGUCUGGUUCAGGAUGCUCUGGACCACCUAAUGAAGGGCAGGACAACAUUGGUGAUUGCUCAUAGGUUAAGCACGGUUCAGAAUGCCCAUCAGAUUGCGCUUUGUUCUGGUGGGAGGGUUGCAGAACUAGGGACCCACUUUGAGUUGCUAGAUAAGAAGGGUCAAUAUGCUUCAUUAGUUGGCACUCAAAGACUGGCAUUUGAGUGA